UCUUGACACGAAAAUGGUCUGGAAGCGCAGCGAGAGCACGGCGACGGCGCCCAUGUCGCCGAACGACGUCAUCCGCACCGGUAUCCUCUACAAGAAGGGCCAGGGUGCUCGCUGGUUUGGCCGCCGCAACUGGAAACCGCGCUUCUUCCAGCUCACCGCCACCAAGCUCGUGUACUUUACGUUUGAAGGCGGUGCGCAGCGUGGUGAGCUCGAUUUGACCAAAUGCAAGAAGGAGGACCUCCAGGUGAUGCCCGCCGACUGCACCAAGACGGGCAAGUCGUCGUCGACGAUUUGGCGUGUUGCGAUCCAAGUGCCUGGCCGCCGCUUCAUCUUUGCAGCCAACUCGGAGUACGAAAUGAACCUCUGGGUCCACGACUUGCUCUCGGUCUUUCACUCGAACUCGCACCCGGGCGUGCCGGUUCGGCCAUCGCUCAUCAAAGAACAGCUCGCGUCCGUGUACAAGCCGCCUUCCACGAGCGUGAGCCACCUGCCGCGACAGAGCUUCAACGGGUACCGUCUCCGCGGCGUUCGGAAGGAGCCGCGCGGUUCGGACUUUGCGCUCGAUGUCUAUUGACGCGCGCGCCGUGUUGUCUAGCAGUAGUCUUAUAGUAGUAUCUCGUCCAUUUUCUAAUAUUAUCCCUCUUGAUUGACGCCA